GCAGCAGCCAGCAUGUCUUGGGUCCUGCUUUCCGUAUUCUGGCUCAUCAUUCAAACCCAAGCAAUAUCCCAAAAUCAAGCACCAGAAUUAAAGUUCCAUGAAGUAGUUCAUCCUAAAAAGCUACACGUUGUACACAAAAGGGAGGUGGAGAAAAAUCAGACAGAGAAUCACAGCAAACAGCAUAUCUGCAUAGCCACGCCAUGCAUUUCAGCACUGAGAGGAAGACAUCCCCUGAAAAUAAGCCCUAGUGUGUCUUCUUGAGAAAAAGAAGAGUUUCUUCAGGCACAGAAAUACAUCAGUCUCUUUCUGGUGCUGGAUAAUGACUUUUAUAACAACUAUAAGGGGAAUGUUACUCAGAUGAGAAGCUUCGUGUUUGAUGUGAUGAACCUACUCAAUGUGAUUUAUAACACCAUUGAUAUUCACGUGGCCUUGGUAGGUAUGGAAAUCUGGUCUGAUGUUAAUAAGAUCAAGGUGGAACCUAACAUAGGCACCACCUUUAACCGCUUCCUGCGAUGGCAUCGUUCUAACCUGGCGAGAAAAAAGAUCCACGACCAUGCCCAGCUUCUCAGCGGGAUGGGCUUCAGCAAUCGUCGUACAGGGAUGGCGGCCUCAAAUUCCCUGUGCUCUCCAUCUUCAGUGGCUGUCAUUGAUGCUAAAAACAAGAAUAACGUGGCUCUUGUGGGAGUGAUGUCACAUGAGCUGGGUCACGUCCUCGGAAUGCCUGAUGUUCCAUAUUAUACCAAGUGUCCCUCGGGCAGUUGUGUGAUGAAUCAAUAUCUGACUUCAAAAUUCCCCAAAGAUUUCAGUACAUCCAGCCACUCACAUUUUCGAGGAUACGUUUUAUCUCAGAAGCCAAAGUGCCUUUUGCAAGCACCUGUUCCCCAAAACAUAAUGACAGCACCCGUGUGUGGGAACCAACUUCUGGAAGUCGGAGAGGACUGUGAUUGUGGCUCUCCUAAGGAUUGCACCAGUGUUUGCUGUGAAGCCGCCACGUGUAGACUGAAGUCGGGAGCAGGCUGUGGAAAUACUCCCAACAAUAUCACAAUGUGAACCAGAAAGUCUACUUCAUUGAGACGCUACCUUGCUGGGACAAGAACCAAGAAC